AACAGAUGCUUCAGCCACCUGCACGAGCAUGGGAGGACACCUGGCGGUGGUGACUACAUACGACUGCUGGUUGGCACUGGAGGGGUUCCUGCAGGGUGGAGGUGGUUCAGGCAGCUUGCCGAUGUUCACAGAAUCUCAGAUUUUCCACACGUGUGGAACGAUCCAGUCUAUAUCCGGAAACAUCCUCACAGUACUAUGGAGCUGUGAUGGUGCCUGCCAGGGAGGGUCUUUUACAACACAAAUCGACUUAAACGUGAUCCCAUCCCAAGGCAACCCCGUAGUAGGAAGAUGUAUCCUCAUCCACUACAAAGGCCAAGGGGUGAACCCACCUAACCCUAUAGACCCCAAUAACAACUCGGACAAGUUAGAGCUGAACUACGCGGGCUGCCAGUCUCCGAAGAAAGUACUGUGCCAAGCGACGUGUACUACUGGCGCGAAGUAAUCUUGUUCUUAUGAAAGUCAGGAAAUAGCUAUAAGGAAAAAACUUUUUGAAAAGCUAUAUAAGAUUGGAAUAUGUUUGCAAUUACCUCCAUCAUUGUUAUUCUUUACCUUGGUAAGUUUAUUAGUUAACAAUGUAACUCAGUAAGUUAAGGACAGGUUUUGGUUUUAAAAAUUCAGGGUACGCUAACUUAAAAUGGGUUAAAUUGGUGAUGAUCGAAUAAUUAUUUAAUUAACAACACGAAUUGAGCUGUUUUGGGUGCUUUUCUCAAAUGAUCAGCCGAGGAUUAAAUUUGAUACAACACGGGCUCAAUAAGACAGUAAAGUGUAUAUGGAAAGCGUUCAUUGGUUUAAAUAUUUUCA